AUGACCACAUCCAACGCUGAGGCCACCGGGUCAUUUGCGUCCAUGGAAGACCCCUUCGUUGUGAAUUCCGGAAGGCCAGCUGUGUCUCGCGACUCCCAUCGAAACUCGUCCUUUGAUACACAGUUAUACAGCUUGAAUGCGUCUUCACCAGCACAGGCCAAACGGGCCCUCGAGGCCCACUUGGUGGAGACGGAGCGUCGACUGGAGGAGGCUUCAAGGCUAGGAACGGCCCUUAUCGAUCAGCAGCGGCAACUAUCGGAGCAGCUGAAAGAGGUCGAGCAGCAGCAGAAUGAGGGAGAGAUGGGCCCGGAUCUGCGACGCAAACUUGCAGAUUUGGAGAAGGAGUACAAUGAGAUCGGCCGUGAAUCGGCACGAGCAUUUUUAGCACCCAAACGUCUUGCUGGAGGCCCGGAGGAUGCUCAGCUAGGGACGCCGUCUUUCGAUCAAAAGUCACCCCUAAGUCCCGCUUUGUUCGCCAGUCAGGCCACAAACUCCCCUAGCAAAGUCAGCGUUCCAUCUCGCAAGCAGCGCAACCAACCAUCAAACCGUGUCCACGAUAUCGAAUUUGCGACUGAGAUCUCCACUUCACUUUUGGCCCAAGUCCGCCAACUGCAAGCUCUUCUCGCAGAGCGGGAUGAGACACUCAAGUUUGUUAAUCUGGAAAAAUCGCGACUUGAGUUAGAGGCAGAGGGGUAUGGGCAAAGAAUCCGGGUGCUUGAUGACAGUGAGCAACGCUACAAGGACGAGAACUGGGCGCUGGAGACACAAGCACAUGAGUUGAUGGCAGCUGCGAGGGAUGCUGCGGAACGUGAACAACGGCUCAACAGUACCAUAACAUUGUCAAAUGCGGAAAAGAACGCCGUGGAACGAGAGCUGGAGGAGCUAAGGCAAGCGAAUGCGAGAUUACUUGAGGACCAGAGCCUCACACAGAAGGCAAAUGAUGCGGAAAUCCACCUAUUGCGGCGGAAUCUGACUUCUGGCGAAGCGGAAAAGUCUGCGCUCCAGAAGAAGUUGAUGGAAAUGACUUCUCAAAAUCAAGAACUCGCUAAGGCAGUUGCGAUGAGGCUCCGGGACCAUGAAAAUCAAGCCUCGAGGGAUACUGCGUACGACAACGAGGGCGAUGAGCCCGAGCAUAUCACACCUGAAAGCUCUCCGCCACCAUCCCCCAACAAGUUCACUCCUCGACAUGGCCAUCUUGAAUCGGAAACCUUGAAGAGCUCGCUGGGCCAUGCUCAUCGCAUGAUCCAGAACCUUAAGAGCACAAUUCACCGCGAGAAGACCGAAAAGAUUGAGCUCAAGCGCAUGCUGCAAGAUGCUCGGGAUGAAGUUGAGCAACGGCGCCGCGAGAGCACUGCGCCAAACGGAACCAGCAAACGCCAGAAGACAAAGACAGAUGUGUCCCGAAAGCCUCCCCGCCCAGAUCUUCUGGGUGCCGGUCGUAAAGAGAAAUCAUUUGUUGAGCUUCAUGAUACCGACUGGGAAGACAACGCCGGUCAAAUCAGCCCUACCCAAACCCACAAGGCGGUAUCUACUAGGGGCCGCCCUCGCUCGGAGUCUCCCGAUGGACCUAGCGACGUGUACCAGACAGCUACCGAGGCGGAAGAUGGAUUUGAAACAGCCAAUGAGCGGGCAACCGCAACUGAGAGCGAAGCGUUCCAGACCGGUGUGGAAAGCAUGGCCGAUGACAGCAGCGAUUCGGCAGAUCUUACCGAGACGGAAAAUAACGUACAGACAACUCCUCGCAGCCGAGUGCCUUCUUCCCUGAUCAUGGCCAAAGCUCGCGAUCGCACCUCAUAUCACAGCACGGCCUCUGCGUCUUCUGAUGAAGAAGAAUAUGACGGAGCAUUCGGAUCUCCGAGCCAAAUGCAUAUCUCCCGACCCCGUGUUAAGUCUAAACGCAGCAUCUCGAGACGCAUUCGUCCAUCUGGAGAGGCCACAUUCGCAUCCACUAGUCGACCUUCGAGUUCCCGCGCAUCUGUGGCACCCAGCUUUGCGCAAGCGCCAGUAGCUCAAGAGGGUCAGAGCCUCUUUGCCGAACUCGCAGAGUUCGACAGCACUGAGGACGACGAAGUAACCUCCCAGGCUUCGACACCGCGCAUGGAGCCUGCAUCGGAUUCACGAAGACCCUCGGAUGCAAUGCUGGAUGCACCACCCAAGCCCCCAAUGGUCGAUUCUGGUGUUAUGACUGAACCUUGGGAGCCCACGCCUUCUGUCAGUGCUGCUGGCAUUGUUGCUGGAGCUGCCGGUAUCGCCGCAGGAGCUGCUCUGCCGCACGCUCUCACUGCAACCCAGCCAAGUCAAACAGCAGACCAAGAGAUCGCUGAGGAAACGAAGGAAAUCCCUGACUUGGUUAACCCAGAGAUGGGCAUGGCCGACGUUUCUUCCCAAGAGACCACGCCUUCUGCACCUAAGCGGCCUGAUCUGAGUGUCUCAUACAUCACUGGGGGGACCACUACACCUGUGAAGCAUCAGCUGCCCGUGCCGGAACUGCCGGAAAUGACGAUAUCUUCAAUUUCAUCACAAACCACAAGCCCCAUUCAACCAACGGUUAUGGUACCUGAGCCAAUCAUCAAGCAUGUUGAUGUCAUCAAAUACGUGGAACGAGAGCCGGAGGUGCCCGAGCUAACCUUCUCCUCCAUCACCACUCAAUCAACCUCCCCUGUCCACGCAACACUUGCUGUGCCGGAGCCUAUCGUCAAGUACGUUGAUGUGAUCAAGCACGUUGAGCGUGAACGUCAAGUGCCAGAGUUGAAUAUCUCGUCUGUCGCCGCUCAGUCGACAAUACCUGUUCAGGCAAUCCAGGCAACUGUUCCUGAACCAGAACCUAUCAUCAAAUACGUCGACGUAAUUAAACACGUCGAACGUGAGCGCGAGAUCCCCGAGUUGACAUUCUCUUCCAUUAAUAAUCAAUCCACUGUUCCUAUCCAGGCAACACUUGCUGUGCCGGAGCCUAUAAUCAAGUACGUCGAUGUGAUCAAGCACGUCGAACGCGAGGUUAAGGUGCCCGAAUUGACCUUCUCUUCCAUCACCACCCAAACCACCGAGCCGGCUCAAGCAACUGUUCCUGAACCGCUGCCGCCUGUGAUUCAAUACGUUGAUGUCAUUAAGCACAUUGAACGUGAGCGUGAAGUGACAGAGUCAAGCUUCUCUUCUAUCACCACUCAAUCCACUGCGCCUGUACUUGCAACUCUUGCUAAAGCAGAGCCGGUUAUCGAAUACGUGGACGUUAUCAAGCACGUUGAGCGCGAGCGCGAGGUGCCCGACUUGACGUUCUCUUCUAUCAACAACCAGUCUACUGCCCCUGUCCACGCAACGCUUGCUGUGCCGGAGCCUGUCAUUCAAUACGUUGAUGUCAUUAAGCACAUUGAACGUGAGCGUAAAGUGCCAGAGUCAACCUUCUCUUCUAUCACCACCCAAUCCACUGCGCCUGUAAAUGCAACUCUUGCUAAAGCAGAGCCGGUUAUUGAAUACGUUGAUGUUAUCAAGCACGUCGAACGUGAGCGCGAGGUGCCCGAAUUGACCUUCUCUUCUAUCACCACUCAAACCACCAAGCCAGUCAAAGCAACUGUUCCUGAACCGCUGCCGCCUGUCAUUCAAUACGUUGAUGUCAUUAAGCACGUUGAACGUGAGCGUGAGGUACCAGUUUUGACGGUCUCUUCCCUUGAUCCCGCAUACACGGAGCCUAUUAUUCCAAGAUCUCGUCUUGUUCCUACGCCGGCAUUGUCAUUCUCCUCUGUGCGCUCUGUGGAAACCCAUCCAGUGAAAUCUAUGCCAUUUGUCAUCCCUGCAGUGGCAGACUUCUCUACUCAGACCGAGCCGACAGAGUCAAAGGCCGCAGGGGCAGCUGUCAUUGUCCACGAAGACCUGCCUACUGGCGCUACUCGCAGCCGCACCAACACAGCCAAUAGUGAUCAGCUCGUUGGCGCCGGACUGGCCUUGAACGAUAUUUCUGGCAACGCCCUUGCUCGCUCUGCUAGACAGCAAUCCAGUUCAGUGAGCAUGGACCAAGGAUCUCAGACAAUCCUGUCCUCCAAACAGAUAGAUCAGAUCCUUAUGGAUCGGGUAUCUGCACGCCCGCUAUCUUCCGACAGCCAGGUGACGGACAACUCACGAGAGAUUGCCGCAGUCACUACAUCUGCCGCAGCCCCUUACGUGACACCCAAGGCUCCGACACGACCUCGCCUGUCGCAAAUUCAGUCUGCGAAGUCGACAACGCCAAUUUCCCGCCGGCCUACCAGUGCCGCCAGUCAGACAUCUGGUGCGAGUCACCCCCCACUGCCAUUCGAUCACCGGGAAGCUAUCAUGGCAGCCGAGAAGAGGUCUAUCGAUAUUGCUCCGCCGUCUCCUACCUCUGUCAUGGGGCCGCCUUUGGCACCAGCCUCCGCAUACCGCAUGAACUCCCAACGCCCACUUACGCCAAGCGAACAGGCUGCGCGGGCUAGCUCUUCAAGAACCGGUUCAUCUCAGGCAAGAAUGAGGAGGGGAAGUCAAGGCCAGAUGUCUCGACGAUCCUCAGUGUCGUCUUUUGCAUCUGAGAUCGAGGAGCGUUUCAAUAUGGCCCCUCAUGCUGGCCCCAUGCCCCAGGGCUAUGGACCUAAUACGGAUCCACGCAUGAUCCAGGCGAUUACCCAAACUAUGAUCGGUGAAUUCCUUUGGAAGUAUACCCGCAAGACCGGAUCAUCGGAUAUGUCGACAACACGGCACCGACGAUACUUCUGGGUCCACCCGUACACCCGUACUCUGUACUGGAGUACGCAAGACCCGCAAACUGCCGGAAAGAGUGAGCUCCGGACCAAGAGUGUGCCUAUCGAGGCUGUUCGAGUGGUUGCCGAUGACAACCCUUAUCCUCCGGGUCUUCACUGUAGGAGCUUGGAGGUUGUCAGUCCUGGUCGACGAGUUAGGUUUACGGCUACGACGAGCCAGAGGCACGAGACAUGGUUCAACGCGUUGUCUUAUCUCCUUUUGAGGGAGACCAACGAAAACUGCGAGGACAAUAACAGCGUGACCCUCGACGAUAUCAACGAGUUCAACCCCCCUAGCUUCCGGUCUGGCUCUCGACAGACAGCACGAAUGUCGUUCUCAUCUUACAAUAGCCGCACCGCUCGUAAUGCACACAAGCAACAGCGGCGAGCGGCCUCGGCGAUGUCCAUGCGAUCUUCCGGGACUCUCGGUGGGCGUGCAUCACCGGCCCUCAGCUCACCCGUACCAAACCCAAACUCGUCGUUGCAAGUUCCAGAUGAUCGCCAACGUUCUUCGUCACGACUCAGCACCAUCUCCAGUUCGAUUCGGGGUUCCAUCGCAAGUUUGAAGGGACGGCCAGGUCAAUCUCCUAGUGUCCACAAUGAAAGUCUUCAUGGCCAAGAAAGUGCCGAUGAUCUGAGACAGGCGGUCGAAGCCCAGGAACAAGACCGCCUUGAAAAUGUCCGCGCCUGUUGCGACGGAAAACACGAUGUUGGCUCUCUUUCUCGCACCAGUCGAUACAGCCCGAGGAUCAACCGUAUCCACUCACCCCACCGUCACUGA